GCCGCACGGGGCGGGGUGGCUCUGGACCGGGCGGGACGGGACAGGCCCGAGGGGCUGCGUACCGAGGCCGGGGAAUAACGGAGUACUCAGCAGCUGCAGCAGCGGGAACUCGGAGCCUCCACGCAUCAAGGCGAACCCCGGUGGACUCUAGGCCUGAAACCAGCAGCCCCCAACCCCAAGGAGCUGAAGAGCUCUCCCUGCUCCCCCGUUGAACCAGAGAGGACUCUGGAGGAAGUCGUUUGCACAGUUUAUCAGGACCUGGAGAAGAAGGCACUCAGGCCACGGACUUACUGCUCAGCCACCUUCUUUUAGAAGGAAGGAAGGAGCCAGGGGAAAGACUGAGGAUGACACUUAACACCCAACAGGAAGCGAAGACCACCCUGCGCCGCCGAGCCAGCACUCCGCUACCCCUGUCAUCCCGGGGCCACCAGCCUGGCCGCCUGUGCACCGCACCCCCUACUCAAUCCCAGCAUCCCCGACUGGGUCAGUCGGCCUCCCUCAACCCUCCCAUUCGAAAACCUUCCCCAGCCCAGGAUGGGUGGUCCUCUGAAUCCAGCGACUCUGAAGGCUCUUGGGAAGCCCUCUACCGGGUAGUGCUGCUUGGAGACCCCGGCGUCGGGAAGACCAGUCUGGCCAGUCUCUUCGCAGGGAAGCAAGAGCGGGACCUUCAUGAACAGCUGGGAGAUGUGUACGAGAGAACCCUCUCGGUGGACGGAGAGGACACCACACUGCUGGUCAUGGACACCUGGGAGGCCGAGAAACUGGAUGGAAGCUGGAGCCAGGAGUCGUGCCUGCAGGCGGGCAGCGCCUACAUCAUCGUGUACUCCAUCGCAGAUCGCUGCAGCUUCGAGAGCGCCUCGGAGCUCCGGAUCCAGCUGAGGCGCACACAUCAGGCCGACCACGUGCCCAUCAUCCUGGUGGGCAACAAGGCAGACCUGGCCCGCUGCAGGGAGGUCUCCGUAGAAGAGGGCCGCGCCUGUGCAGUGGUGUUUGAUUGCAAGUUCAUCGAGACUUCAGCCACUCUGCAACACAACGUGAUGGAGCUCUUUGAGGGCGUAGUGCGUCAACUGCGCCUGCGCCGCCAGGACAGCAUGGCCCCCGAGCCACCUUCACCUCGACGACGGGCCAGCCUGGGCCAGCGCGCCCGACGCUUCCUGGCACGCCUGACAGCACGCAGCGCACAACGCCGGGCACUCAAGGCCCGCUCCAAGUCCUGCCACAAUCUAGCUGUGCUCUGAGGCGAGCACCUCUCUGGGGUGAUGAGACACUGUGGUGCCACUAAGGGCCGAAGGUGUGUCGCCUCGAGUCUGAGUAGUGGACUUUGCCUGUUUCCAGGAUGGCCAGAGAGCAUCGCCAGGAGCCAGGGCUUUGAGAACCGAAUCUUCUUCCCUGGGGAAGUGAUGGGUGGACUAUGGGGCUGUAAACCCAAGCUGGGCACAAGUAGGGUUUUGGUUCUUGUUUUGUUUUUUGUUUUUUAUAGAGUGGGUGUCUUUUUGUAAAACUCUUGUCCCUGGGCUGUGACCAACGCUCAGAACAUUCCGCAUCGAGCCAGUCCAGGAUGUCCUGUCUGAUGCAUGGACCUCACUUUCUGGGCUCUUCUAGGCAUCUCCUCCUCCUCUCCAAACAUCUAACUUGACUAAAGACUGGUUUGGCCUGCUGGCCUUGUUGUCUUGGACAAU